CCCUCCCUGCCUCCCGAGUGCCUCCUAGUAGCGGCCCAUGCAUCGUCCCUAACCCCCACGCUGCCUCGUUCAGUCGUCACUAGCGACACCCGUGGCGAACCGGAAACUGUCGAACCUGGCCGAACAGCCCUUCCAUUUCAUUCUCUCACUGUCCUUGCUGCCCUCGCUGCUCCCCGUCCCCGUCUCCGUCCCCGUCGCCGUUAUUCGGCGUCUUGGAGUGUAUUCAUUCGCCGAUGUUUCCAUCAGUUCGCACUCGGUCCGCUCGACAUUAUUCGAGGCGACGUUACGCGCACGGGAUUUCAGCUCGAAUCGUUCGCUACGAUCCGUCGUAGAACGAGCACGAGAGACAAUUCGCGCUUGAGGAUCUUCGGCUGGCUAGGGACGCCCGAGGAUUACUCUUCAUGCGUCCUACUCAAUAUGUUUGAUCCCUAAAUCUAGUAAGCGUUGAGGCAUCCGGAGUCGUCGUGAAAACUGCUCGAAUCUUGCUCGGUUAACUCGAUAACUCGAGCCAAAUGGGUUCUCUUUCGAUGGAGAAGACAAGUUUUAUCUCCGACCCGUUGUUUGGUAGCCUCAAGGACGAAUAAAGUAAAGUACUCCAGCACAUGUACCUUUGCUUCCUUCUUGUCGAGGUGCUUGAGAAAAAUAUUUUUCAACGGUGUUGAUAGUGUGUGUUUUGUUGGAACGAAGUACAGCAAAAAUGAGCUCAGGCUUCAUAUCAGAGGCAGAAAUUGCCGAACAACGACGAAUGCGGCAAGAGGAAUGGGAGCGUGUGCGAACAGCAGAUCAACCUUUAGAAGCUCCUGAGGAAGUUUAUGAUCCCAGAUCAUUAUAUGAAAGGUUACAAGAACAGAAAAAUAAAAGAGACAUAGAAUAUGAAGAAGCUCAUAAAUUAAAAAAUAUGAUUAAAGGCUUAGAUGAUGAUGAAGUAGAAUUUCUGGACCUGGUUGAUAGAACCAAAUUGGAAGAAGAACGUAAAAAGAAUUUAGAGGAGGAAAAAGAAAUGCGUGACUUUAAAGAUGCAGUUGCUUUGCUUCAAGAGAAGAAGUUAAGUGAAAAAUUAAAACAAGAGUUGAAGAAUCCAGCUGCUAGCAGUAAAAAUACUUUCUGUGGAAGUAGCCGUCCUUCACAGUUAAAGCUACUGGCAGGUGUUAUAGUAAAACGGUCUGACAAGCAAAAACAAAUAGAAGAAACAUCUAAGGGAAUUAAAAGGAAAUUAUCCACAUCUGACAAUGAUAUAGACACUACAAAGAAGGAAGAAAUAGAUACAUCUUGCGAGCAAGCAAAAAAUAUGCCAAAACGAGUAAAUAGCGAUUGUGGACUCAAAUGCAUUGGUAUAUUACCUGGUCUUGGUACAUACGAAGAUUCUAGUGACAGUGACUGCAGUUCUGAUACAGAUGAAGAAACAGAACCAUGUCCUUGUAAAUAUGAUAUGUUAGGUCGAAGAAUAAAACAAUCGAAAGAUAAGGAGAAAAGCUAAACAAUAUACACAACGGUAAUUUACUUUUUCCAUAUUCACAAAUAUUGUCUUGCUCUUGUGUGUAUAUGAAUAUGAUAAUGUUUUUGAAUAUGGCAUUAGGAAAUUAUCAUAAUAUUGUGAUUGAUUGUAUUUCAAAUAUGAAUAUAUGUAUUUCUAUUAGAUUUAGCCAAUAUAUGCAUAAUAUUAAUCUACAUUUUACAUAACAUGCAAAUUUACAAGAUUACAUCAAACACCAUCUCAUUUUAAUAUGAAGUGCAAGUUUCAUUAUAUGUUAUUGUACUAUUAUUUCCAAAGUUACCAGAUAUCAUUUAUCAUGAGUUUUUUUUUUUGACUAAUUUAGAAUUUUGACAUUUAUCUUAUGAAACAAAGUGUGGAGAUACUUGUAAUUUCUAUCAAUUAAUAGGAAAAAAUAAGAGGUAAAUUAAAACUUUUAUUACAAAAGUAGACGACAAAAUUAUAUCUCUUCAGUCAGUAUCUCAGUGUCUGAAGUAAAUUAGAAAUAAAAUAUAAUUUGGAACUGUACAAAGAGUGAUAUAGAAAAUAUUAUAUAUAUAUAUAUAACUUCGUGAUUAAAAAAAUGAAUAUUCCACGCAAACGUUAGUCUUCUUAUCAUUAAUCUAUUUUGUCAUAGUUCCUCACUUUUAAUGUACACAUAUAUAUAUAUAUAUAUAUAUAUAUAUAUACACACAUUUGGCUGGUUGUAGAUAUAAUAGAUUGAUGUAAAAGAGUUGGAAUAUUAGAUUGAUCGACCAAAUAAAUGAUUAUAAACAAAAUCAUA